AUGGGCUCUGACACUGCCUGCCGGGGUCCCGGCACCGUGCACCGGGGUCCCAGCACCGUCCGUGUGCCCAGCGCCUUGCACGGGGUCCCUGGACCGCGCACCCGGUCCCAGCACGGCGCGCCGGCCCGGCGCCGGGUGGUCACCGGGCUGCGCCUGCCCGGACCGCUGGCACGCGCCCGCUGCCCUGAAGGUCGCCUUAAAAUAGCGCGGCCGGGGCUCACCGGAGGGCGGCGGGGGUGGGGGGUGUCUCACCGGGUUGUGGACAGCCGGUUGCCUAACGGGGCGGUGUCGACCGGGGGGCGGCGGGCAGGGGCCCCGUUCCAGUACCUGGCGGUGCAGAAGACCGGGGCGCGGCAGAGCGUGGGCCUGAUCCAGCUGAACCGGCCGCAGGCGCUGAACGCCCUCUGCGAGGGGCUGAUGGAGGAGCUGCGGCAGGCGCUGGAGGCCCUGGAGAACGACUCGCAGGUGGGGGCCAUCGUCAUCACCGGCAGCCAAAAAGCCUUUGCAGCUGGCGCCGACAUCAAGGAGAUGCAGAACAAAACUUUCCAGGAGUGCUACAGCAGCAGCUUCCUCGCCGGUUGGGACAAGGUCUCCACCGUCCGCAAACCCAUCAUCGCCGCCGUCAACGGCUACGCUCUGGGCGGCGGGUGUGAGCUGGCCAUGAUGUGCGACAUCAUCUACGCCGGGGAGAAGGCGCAGUUUGGGCAACCUGAAAUCCUGCUGGGGACCAUCCCAGGUGCUGGAGGGACACAGAGGUUGACCAGGGCGGUGGGGAAGUCGCUGGCGAUGGAGAUGGUCCUCACCGGGGACCGGAUUUCGGCAGCGGAGGCGAAGGAGGCAGGUCUGGUCAGCAAAGUCUUCCCUGUGGAGAAGCUGCUGGACGCAGCCAUCGCCUGCGCUGAGAAGAUUGCCAGCAACUCCAAGCUGGUGGCCGCCAUGGCAAAGGAGUCGGUCAAUGCUGCCUUCGAGACAACGCUGGCGGAGGGGACCAGGACGGAGAAGCGGCUUUUUUACGCCACUUUCGCCACCGGCGACCGCAAGGAAGGGAUGACGGCGUUUGUGGAGAAGCGCAAAGCGAACUUCACCGACAGCUAAGCCCAGGGUGGUGUGGGUCCCCACGGCCACCUGCUGCCCAUCAGCCCCCUGCAUCACCCCGUGGAGGGGUCCAGGACAUCACCCCGCGGAGGGGUCCAGGACCCAGUGGCGAGCGAUACUUGCCUGGGGUGAGACAACCAGCAGCGGGGACCGCCUUUGCCAUCACUAUUAAAAGGUUUUUCUGGCGCUGCCGGAACAUAGGGCAUCCUUGCUGUGGGGUCCCCCCUGAGCUGGGAAAUGUUGGGGUUCACUGAGACCCCCCCCCAACUCCAUCAUGCUGCUCUCUGACGCUGGAGCAAUAGGUCCAUGUGUCCCUUGGAGAGGGGACAGCCUGUGGCACCUUCUUGGGCGCAACACCAAUGUGCUAAGUUUGCCUGGCCUCAGCCCCAUCUGGGCUGAAGUGAGGCCGGGGUGAUGGGCUGAGUCCCCUGCCCGGAGGCAUCAUCCUCACCCUGCUCAGGGUCUUGGAGUGACCCCAAGGAGGAGGAUCCCCCAAAGUUUGGGGCCCUGCACUUAGCGACAGGUUUUUGGCAGCAGCGAGGAGCCCACCAGGAUGUGGAGGGGGGAACGGGUUUAUUGGGGUGGCUCCAGGGUGGGGGAAAGGGAGGGACAAAUCCCCUUGGGAAGCCCCAGGGGCAGCUCCCACCCCUCAUUUCGCAGCCUGGGCACAACUCCACUCAGCUGUGGUGUAAAUGGUCGCGGUCCUCCUCCAGGCCACUCUGCACCCCCAGGGACAGCACCCAGGGUGACUCAUGGCCAUCGGCCUCCCUGGCAUCAUCCUGGGGGUGGUGGAGGUGGUCACGGUCCUCCUCUGGUCCCACCUGGUCUUGGCGGGGGCCCCACUGAGCCCAGGCGCUGCUGGAGAAGACCUUUAUACCUGGUUCCACAUCUUCGGAGAUCUCGCCCUCCUCCGGCGGCUCCACAGCUCGUAUGCCCAGGAUGCUGGAAAAGGAGAGCAAAAUGGUCGAGGAAAGGUUGCAGUGCAUCAGGGUUACUAAAUAUCCCCCUGCCCCAGGGGAAUCCCACCCCAUCAGGGUGCAGGGACCCUGGCGAGAUUCCCCCCUCGCCCCUGUCCGGGAGGCUGCAGUUAGGAUUUCAGGGAGCAAAUGGGCUAAUUUAGCUGCUUAUCCUGCAAACAGGCAGGAUGGGUCUGGGACAUCAGUGCUGCAGCACCCGCAGCUCCCCACUGGCACUAGUAAAGGGAAACCAGCUGGGGCUCGAUGCUUGGAGAGUUUGGGUGAUUUGGGAGAAAGAUGGAGCUGGGAGCCCCUUAAUUUGGGGGGGGGGGGGCACAAAGCAACGAGGGAAAUCUAGUCCCAUCUGAAAUGCUUUAUGUUUUGGGGUGUUGCUUUGUUGGUUUGUACAAGCCAGAUGCAGACACCCGAAGGUGGGGGGAGUGCAGCCACCUCUUACAUUUCCUUGGCCAAAUCCUGCUCCGCAGCCAGGUCCUUCCACCCAGUGUUGCUCGGAGCCUGCAGGGAGAGAGAGAGGUGUGUGGGGGGGUGGCACAGAUCACACGUGGGUCUCCCUGUGCCCACUCAUCACACAGGGCAGUGGGAGGGUGAGGCAGAGGGUGGGGGGGCUCACCUGGCUGCCGCUGGCUGCAGGCAGGGAGAGGGCAGCGCCCAGCAGGAGGGCGAUGCCGCAGAGCCGCACGGCUGUCGGGCUGGCAGAGAGAUGGCAGAGGAGCCCCGUUGGCAGUGGCCGUGUUGGCUGGUGCCUGCCUGCGCUUACUGUGCCCACCCUCCAGCCCCAGCUCCUGCCUGUGCCCACUUGCACCCACAGCC